AUGGUCGUUUCAAACUCAAAAAAGAAUAUUGAGGGUUGUAAACUACCGGUAAAACUACCGGACUCUGACUUCUUCCAUAAUGCCGAGAUUUUGGGUACCCGUGAUGUAGGUGAUUGUACAUACUAUUACGUCCACUAUGAUGACUAUAAUAAACGACUGGAUGAAUGGGUUAGUGCAGAUCGCCUCGACUUUUCUAAAAUAGAACGACCAUUAAAGAAAUCGACAAAAGAACCUGUCACUCCUGUUUUCAGCUUAUCUUCCACCGAGGAUGAAGUUAUUAGUUCAGCAGAGCUCCGAACGUCAGAUUCGGAUCUGAACCCUCCUCUGAAAUGUCGUAGCUCCAGCUCCUCUAGUUUGACUCAACUCAAAAGGAAACGACCACCUGACGAUAUCUAUGAAGGACCUAUACAUUUAACACUACAAAACGACGUGAACGAUCUUGUGUUCGAUGACUCUCCAACGUCUGCUGGAAAACCCAGGCAAACAGGCAGUAUGGUUUCUAGCCACCAUGAACAAGAUACUGUUACGAGAAUGAGAAAUCUGGAAUGGAUUGAAUUAGGAAGAUAUCGAAUUAAACCAUGGUACUUUUCCCCAUAUCCGCAGGAAUUAGCAAGUGUUCCGUGUGUAUAUAUAUGCGAAUUCUGUUUGAAGUAUUUGAAGAGUUUCACAUGUCUGCGCAGACACCUGGCUAAAUGUACACUAAGAAAUCCUCCUGGAAACGAGGUUUACCGCAAAUUGCCUCACAGUUUUUUCGAGAUCGAUGGACGUAAAAAUAAAACUUACGCGCAACACCUUUGUCUACUUGCGAAACUGUUCUUGGAUCACAAAACCUUGUAUUACGAUACAGAUCCAUUCUUAUUUUACGUUCUUUGCGAAAUAGACUCACGUGGUUACCAUCUAGUUGGAUAUUUCUCAAAAGAAAAAGAAUCUUCUGAAGAUUACAAUGUGGCAUGCAUCUUAGUACUGCCACCUUUUCAACGAAAAGGUUAUGGAAAAUAUUUGAUUGAAUUUAAUAAUAAACGACUGGAUGAAUGGGUUAGUGCAGAUCGCCUCGACUUUUCUAAAAUAGAACGACCAUUAAAGAAAUCGACAAAAGAACCUGUCACUCCUGUUUUCAGCUUAUCUUCCACCGAGGAUGAAGUUAUUAGUUCAGCAGAGCUCCGAACGUCAGAUUCGGAUCUGAACCCUCCUCUGAAAUGUCGUAGCUCCAGCUCCUCUAGUUUGACUCAACUCAAAAGGAAACGACCACCUGACGAUAUCUAUGAAGGACCUAUACAUUUAACACUACAAAACGACGUGAACGAUCUUGUGUUCGAUGACUCUCCAACGUCUGCUGGAAAACCCAGGCAAACAGGCAGUAUGGUUUCUAGCCACCAUGAACAAGAUACUGUUACGAGAAUGAGAAAUCUGGAAUGGAUUGAAUUAGGAAGAUAUCGAAUUAAACCAUGGUACUUUUCCCCAUAUCCGCAGGAAUUAGCAAGUGUUCCGUGUGUAUAUAUAUGCGAAUUCUGUUUGAAGUAUUUGAAGAGUUUCACAUGUCUGCGCAGACACCUGGCUAAAUGUACACUAAGAAAUCCUCCUGGAAACGAGGUUUACCGCAAAUUGCCUCACAGUUUUUUCGAGAUCGAUGGACGUAAAAAUAAAACUUACGCGCAACACCUUUGUCUACUUGCGAAACUGUUCUUGGAUCACAAAACCUUGUAUUACGAUACAGAUCCAUUCUUAUUUUACGUUCUUUGCGAAAUAGACUCACGUGGUUACCAUCUAGUUGGAUAUUUCUCAAAAGAAAAAGAAUCUUCUGAAGAUUACAAUGUGGCAUGCAUCUUAGUACUGCCACCUUUUCAACGAAAAGGUUAUGGAAAAUAUUUGAUUGAAUUUAGCUAUGAAUUGAGCAAAAUUGAAGGUAAAUCUGGUUCACCUGAAAAACCGCUAAGUGAUUUGGGUCUAUUAUCUUAUCGUUCUUAUUGGGCUCAAACAAUUCUUGAAUUGUUGCUAAACUCUAAAGCAACAGAAACCGGUCAGGAUCCAGCAUUAAGUAUAAAUGAUAUUGUUGAUAGAACAUGUAUUAAACGAGAUGAUGUAAUUGCUACCUUAUCUCAUUUAAAUGUAUUAUACUAUGUGAAAGGACAACAUGUUAUCUAUUUAUCACGUGAUCUUAUACAAACACAUCAAAAAGCUAUGCAACGUCGUAAUUUACGUGUUGAUGCAAAAUUACUUAAUUGGAAAUCAAGAGAUUGGAGUAAACGUGGUCGAUGGUAAGGUGAAUUUUUUUUUCCCCAUUGGAAUGGGUGGAAGUUGACGGAGCACUACAUUCACAGGAAUAAUAUGUCAUAGAUAUAUUCUUGUGUGUAUUUAUGACCUUU